AAAACGAUGAAGUUGCAGAUGUUAAGCGCUGAGCGGCUUAACUGCAAGACUGCAACUGCCGAGUUGGAGACUGAAACAACCUGAACCAACCGCCAUCGGCCAUCGCAGUGAGCAGUGAGAUCUCGAGAUCGGAGAAGAUGGUGAAGAAGAAGCUUGGCGGCGGAACGAAUGCGUUCGAAGCGCUGAAUAAAAUUGUGUCGGAGCCACACUAUCUCUUCCAUUUCCUAGUUUUCUUCUCCUACUUUGUGGUUCGCAGCUCCGCCACUCAGGUCCUCUCCCCUCAAUUGUCCCUCCGUUUCCUGCGUCGGGAGAUUCAAGCCGUUCUCGGAUUCGCCGUUUUAGCUGCUGUCAAGUUGGUGAAAGAAGAAACAUGGGAGGGUUUUAUCGCUGAUACCAUCUUCUAUGCCAAGCUUUUUCUCAUCGCCAUUUCAUUGGUUUUGGAUUACCAUCUGGCUCUUUGGUAUACAGUGUUGUUUUCAGUGAUAUAUCUCUUAGCACAACAACCUGUUUUCGAAGAACUAGGUGAUGUGAAUAAGUUAACACCUCUGCAGUUGGAAACCUUGUUGACAGAGGGACAUACGUCAAGAUACUGGUUGGUAGAGUUUCGUGCACAGUGUUCCUCUACUUGCAUACGUACAAGUCGUUGCUUUCCUGAACUUUCUGUCACAUACUCAAACAAGAACUUAUCCUUUGGAUCAGUCGAUCUUGGACUCUUCCCGAAUGCUGCAGAGAGAUUUGGAAUAUCACUUAGUGGAGGAAUGAACCAGCUUCCUACUUAUAUAUUGUUCGAAAAUGCAACUGAAGUCGCACGUUUUCCAGAGUGGGGCUUUGAAGCAAAAGCUCCUUACCCUCCUUUAACUAAGGGACGCAUUGUUCGACAUUUUGAACUCGACAGGCUCCUCCUCGAGUAUGUAAAUGGAAAAUAGACACAGCUACGUCGAUAGAUUACAUGUCGUAUGUAGUAUGCCUGCGAAGUUGCUACUGGUUCUACAGACUUUCAGUUUCAUCGCGCUGCCACAGGACAACAGAAAAAAGGCACUGAAGAUUCCCUUGUAUGAUGUUAUCUGUGUGUUGCUUGCUCUGCUUUAACAGACUCAAAUGAUCUCAAAAACUGAUACAUUGUGCAUCGUGCACUCUUCUAUUUUUCUUUUCCUGACAUACUUGUAACAAAAAAGGAUCAGGAACCUGUACUGCAAACUUAUGAUUCAGUAGAGUAAAAGUGAAAUUUGGCUAGAAGCUUAAAAUUUCUAGCA